AUUUCUCAUGGACAGCAAAAGAUACGAAACGUGCAAUCCUAACUGCAAUGGUACCUGAUGCUGUAGAACUUAGUAGUUGCGUACCGUGUUAUAAAUCAAACGAUCCUAUCGAUUGGUGGAAUUCUUGCAAAAAACCGGAAUGGGCACCGAAAUCGUUAUAUAUUUAUGCAAGCACGGAUGCGUUAACUGUUACACCUGUCGGUUAUGCAAGUUAUGUUGUUUACAAAUAUGGUGGCGGUUUAAGCAAUGCGCUAACAGCAUUAUCGCUUGGUUUAUAUGGUAGCAAUUUAAUGCUAUGCUUUGCAUCAUUAUCAUUUAUGAAAAAGAAAGAUUUAAAAGCUAUGUAUUACUUUUCGAUUGCCAUUCAUUUAACAGCAGCUGGAUCAGCUGUUAUUGCCUAUAAGAUUAAUCAUUGCGCCUGUUUACUGAUGGUACCAUAUGUAUUGUGGACUGGUUUUCAUACCAUUAUAUUGCAUGCGAUGAAAAAUCUGAAUUCGAAAAUCGAAAAUUAG